UCCAUCUGUAUCCAUUGUAUAUGUAUAUUUAUGUGUACAGGUAUCAGAUACCCAGGAAUCUUCUGGAAAACCUAAUUGAUUUAGGAUUUUCUUGGAUUUCUAUUGCAAGACUCUUCUGUAUUGGCACACGGACAUUAUAUCGUCAUCGACAAAGAAUGGGGCUCCUUGCAAACUCCAGGUUCAGCAAUAUCUCUGAUUCUGAGCUUGAUACUUUAAUUCUUGAAAUUAGGCAUUCAACUCCUUACAUAGGUGAAAGAUACAUUUCUGGCAGCCUGCGUUCACGUAACAUUCGCGUGCAACAAUGGAGAAUAAGAGAAAGACUUCAUAUAAUUGAUCCUGUUGGAACUAUAAUUCGAAGAAGGUAUGCAAUUCAGAGAAGAGUAUAUAGUGUUCCUGGACCAAAUUAUCUUUGGCACAUAGACAGCAACCAUAAACUAAUCCCAUGGAGGUUUGUUUUUCAUGGAUGUGUAGAUGGUUAUAGUCGUACAAUUGUGUACAUUGAGGCUUCGAACAACAAUUCUGCAUCAACAGUACUCACAUUUUUUCAAGAAGGCGUGAGGAAUUUUGGAUUACCUUUAAGGGUUCGAGGAGAUGCAGGUUCUGAGAAUGUGCUGGUGGAAAGAUACAUGAUCAGCGAAAGAGGACAUGUUGGAAGUUUUAUUGUUGGACGCAGUGUGCAUAAUCAAAGGAUUGAGCGUCUUUGGGCAGAAUUGAAUAGAGCAGUGACCUCAUAUUUUAAAGGUAUAUUUCUGUUUAUGGAAGAAAAUCUUGUUCUUGACAGCAACUCAGAAGUUGAUAUGUAUUGUUUACACUACAUAUAUAUGCCUCGAAUUAAAGUUGCUGUGAAUGAAUUUGUUAAUCAGUGGAACAACCAUAGUUUAAGCACAGAGAAUAAUUUUUCACCACUUCAGUUGUGGACUGCAGGUUUCUUGUCUGCAGGUGACAGAGUGAACAGCUUAGGAUUUGUCAGUUGUGACUCAUUUCCACAUAAUUCUUCACUUGAAAGGGAACACAUUCCAGAAAAUAUUUUCACUGUAUCUACCGAACAGCUAGAACACUUGCACCAAAUGGUUAACCCCCUCCAUGAUGAUCAUAAUCAUGGAAUUAAUCAUUUCUUGACUAUUAAAGAAUACCUGGGGUCCAUUUUUGUUUUGAGUUAAGGUAGUUAAUAUUUCCUUUUUCAUUGUCAGUCACAAAUGUAACAUCAUCAAACAC